GCCCAGGUCGUCCCGAGCCGCCGUCGGAGGCCCCGUUGGACGAAGAGUAAGAAGUACCCCCAAAAUACCAAGGAAGUCAGAAAAUGCUCAUCCCUAGCCAUUUUGGCUCAAGCGAUAUUUGGCCCAAGCCAGUCUGGCUCUGGCCCCUCUCCCGCGAAGCGCUGUUGCCCAGCGCUGGCCCCGAGCCCCCUGCAUGGGGCCAGCAGACAGCAUGCGGGCCGUGGCCUUUGCGGUCGCCUGCGCCUGGCGCGCCCGGGCAGGCCCUCCGACGGAAACAGUCAUGGUCACGGCGCCCAUGGCUUCGGGCGGCUCGGAGAUCGACAUGACCAUUUGGCAGACAGCAUUCACAUCGUCCACUUCGAAGACCCACGAUUCCCAUGCGCACGUGAACGGGCAUCUGGUCAAGGUCUCCAACCCUCUCGGCCGCGUGGCGGUGGUGCCCCCGCUUCCCGGCGGAUGCGGAACGAUUGCCUACGUGCCAGACACGGCGGCGUUGUACAAUCCCAGCUGCAUCUUGGCCACGGACGCUGGAUACUAUAAUUUGAUCGACACGUUCCAAUGCAUUGGCAACGUUGUAAGUGAUGGCGAAAUCCAUUACACUGAGCCCAUGAAUACCACCAACGUGAAUUUCGGAGUCCUCAAGAACGGUAGCUUCGUCAUUGGUUACAUUUCGCCAGAGACCGUAGAGACUGGGAUUUUCGAGCAUUUGGUGGGUGGACUGGGCUGGAUCGUGCGUAACGGAUCAAACAACGUGGAUGCCGGGUGGGAGGAGGCCUAUACCGCUGCGGGCUCGAGCGGGGACGAGUAUAAAGAAAUGACCUCCGGGCGAACCACUAUCGGUUGGGACAAGAAUGGUGGGCUCAUCCUCCUCCAGUAUGAUGGUCACACGGGCGCCCCGUCUUGGGGCGCGACAAUGAAUGAGUUGGCCGACAAGAUGAUCAGCUUCGGUGCCGUCGAGGCGAUCAAUCUGGACGGCGGCGGCAGCACCCAGAUGUGGAAGAACGGCGUGCAGAUUGGCUACAGCUCAGAUCGCAGCACUUACGGGGUGCUAGCCGGGACUUACGAGCCAGGUUGCCCCAUCGGCGAGGGAAAGGGCAAUUUGAGUGCCUUCGAGUGCGCGCGCAAGGUCAGCACCAUCAUCUGCAUCCACGAGGCCAACAGCGGCUUCACGUCGUUCCUCGCAUCCCCGAGAACGCAGGCGGGGUCGCCGGUCUCGGCUCUGUCGCUCGUGACCCUGGUCGUCGGAUUGUGCUUCGGCGCCGCCGUCGGCGCGGUCGCCUCGAGCAUGUGGAGGAAGAGAGAAGGUAAGGGUGCCGAUCUGAACGGGGACGACUCAGAGUGAAACGGGGUAGCUCAACUUCUGCCCGCGCGAAGACGAUGCUUCAGAGUGUCAUGGGUGAGUCGACGGGCUUACAGCAGGCCUGCUCCUCAAAGGCACAGGAGAUGGCCGUUCUCUCGCUCCCCCCUCGAUAUCCCAGUUUUCCAGUCGCUUCUGCACCAUGCUGCACCAUCGCAGUUGCCUGGUUACUCUCUGCAAAGCUACUGCAGCUACCGCGUGUGGGUUAGUUCUCUUAACUCAGUGCCGCCAGCCAUGGAUUUUUGUUUUCUCCAUCGACUAGCCGCGGCAAGACGAGUCGUUACGUGCCUUCAGGCUGCCAGCCACUUAGCACGCUUGUGACUUUGAGCGCUAGUUGACCACUGGAUGAGGCAACGCUGGGAAGAUCACGUCACCACCGACAUUCGGCAUGAUAGAAUUCUUUGAACUUCCCUAGCACUCCAUCCUGCAUUGCAAUUUUUCGCCUCCAGCGCGUUGCUUCGUGCAUUACGUCCAUCUAUUUGCCAGCGGCACGUCAAGGAAUCCGGAAGACCUCCGAGGGAAAAAAAAGAGUCAACAAAUGCUCGAAAAAUAGUCCCCAUACUAUUUUUGGAUUAUGCUUUGAUUAUUUGG